UGAGAAGCUGCUUUUAUUGACUGACACAUCCUCAAACUCAGAGGAAGUCUGUAAGGCCUCCAUAUGUACCCAGUUUCUUUUAUUUGUAAUUGUAACUUCUUUUCUCUAGAGGGCAGUAUUGCCUCAAUGACAGUCAGUGAAACACCAUCACCAUUUACUUAAAUCAUGUCAGUCUCAUCAUAGAUGUAUGAAUCUCAGCCAUUAUCUUCCUCAAAACCCAGGUGCUAUAUAAGAGGUGGAAAGAAACUAAAUACAUUUACUGAAGUACUGCACUCAAGUACUGGUUUGAGGUACUUUACUUGCGAGAAAUAUUGUGUUGUUUUACUCCACUACAUUUAUCUGAUAACUAUUUGCAGAUUCGGGUUAACAGUUGUAUAAUUGUAGGUUAAGAUAAGACUUAGUUGAUCCCCAGGGGGAAUUCACAAGUUAGUAAGUAAAAUGAACCCCAGCUUUACAAAUUGCAGCAGUGAUGUACACAUAAUGCAUUAAUGAUUACAAUCCAGUGAUAUAAUAUACAUUAUUCUGAAAUGGGCCAUUCUUUUCUGUUACUUCUGGCACUUUAAAUAUAUUUUGGGGCUAACACUUAUACUUUUUAAGUAAAAAUUUAAAUGCCUGACUUUUACUGAUUAUUUGCAUAUUUGUAAGGGAAUUUGCACCACUAAAGUACAGUACAACUUUGGCAGGUCCUCCAUUAAUAACUCACUUGUAGAGGGGCCAUGUGUGUGUCAAGAUCUAAUUUUAAGACCUUUAUUGUGCUCAUUUUAGUGCUUAUCAAGAAAUGAAGUUGUGUUUAAUAAAAUUACCCACUGCUACCUGACACCUGGGGCCAUGCCAAUGUUAUUUCAUCAUACUCUCUGGAUGCGUCAUAGCAUAACAAAGUUGCCAUGUGUAACCUGCUGUGUAUACUGUACGUUUACAAUGCACAGAGCGCUGUACAUAGGAGUAUUUUAGAUGGAUAAUAAUAAGUAGCCUAAUGACAUUUACAUUAAAAAAAAAAACAGAGUAAAAAAGUAGAUGUACAUUCACUACUGGGAGAAUAACAUAUUCACGACAGAAAUGUGCUGACUCCAAGCCUGUGAUAAGAUAUUUUUGAUAUGAUGACUGAACAGGUAAAAAAAAAAAAUAUAAAAAUACUAGCCUACAUUAUAAUCAGUUUUAUAAAGCCUGGUGAAGGUUACAGAAAGUCCACCAACAGUCGCAGGGUGGCAGCAGAGCGCUUAUUGUGCAUUGCUACUCCGCCGGAAAUGGGCAGCAGAAGAAGAGCGAACCGUUGGAAAAAAAUUCUACAGUACUAUCGCCGCGUCAGAUGAUUAGCUAAUAGUAAAAACACUGUCAAACGACGGAUAGUUCGCCUCUGUUUUCAGCAUUACGAUACGGUGUAAGUUGUCAAUAAUGUAUAUUGGUCCGUUAUUCACACUUUGAAGCCUCUCUCGCAGCGCUGAUAAUGCUGGAAAUGAAACUGCCGAUGAAAACGGGCGAGGAAGGAGGCGACGAAACGGCCGAGGACGAUUCAUUGGAUCAGUCAGAGCACCAACGUAUUCCCAGGGCUGUAUCGCCCUCCUCGGUGUCCGACAGGCUGGAGGAGUCGCUGAGACCUCAUUUGUAUCCAUCCCAGUUGGACAAGGAGACUGUCUUUGAGUGGUUCGGCCUCCAUCUAAACCCCGCUAAGCGGAUCGAGUUCAUGUGCGGGCUCCUACAUAUGUGCCAACCCCUGGAGCUCCGCUUUUUGGGAUCUUAUUUGGAAGACCUCGCAAGGAAAGAUUACCAUGUUUUACGGGACUUUGAGUUUCGGGCAAAUAGUCCGAGCGAUUUGGGAGUUUUAACUGACGUGAUUGACCCGGUGGUUAGGUCCAAACUCCUAGUCUGCCUGUCCCUCCUCGGGUCUGACAGCAGGGAAUGUGCUGGAAUACUCUUUCGGAUACUGAGCCAUGUAGACCCGGCCUUGUUCUACAAAAAUUAUGAUUACUCCCUUCUUCCAUUCAGGGGUCCUCACCAUCACCCGUUCCGUCCGCCGUGUCAGGACGGGAACGUGUACGGGCGGACAGAGCAGACCUGCGGCUUGUCCACUUACGAAACAGCGGCAGGACCUCUGGAACAGUUGGCGUUGCUUUUUACCAUGGCCUCUCUACACCCAGCUUUCCAUUUCCACCAACGGGAGACGGUCCGAGGGCAGCUUGACAAAAUAGAGCUUGCUGUAGAGGAGAGACGUCAAAAUCAGCUUAGAAUAAACGCCCAGACGACGGAGCUAACAGGUCAGAAGGGGGAUUACCUGCCUCCCCCAGCGCUCGGUUUGGGAGAGUGUACAGCUUCUCAUCCUCCCUGCCAGAGCCGACGCUCCAGCCGCUGGGCAGCACAGAGAGAAGCGGUGCAUAUAGAAGGAAUUGUGCUCAGGGGCAUCUCCCGGACCAGAAAAGACAAGGAAUACAACUUUGAGGUGAAGUGGUCAGACUCUUCUUCUAGCAGUGUGACCAAAACCCAUCUGGAACUGGAGAACUUCCUUCUCAAGCUUCCUAAGGAUCAGUGCACCGAGUCCUUUGAGAAGAGCAUCCUGAAACUCCUGAACCAGGGAGACCAGCAUGAGAGCAGGGAGGUGGAGAAGAACCUCAGGGAGAGGUUCCUGUCUGCUCCACCAGUCUUCAGACAGACCAGAAAAGUCUGCAGCUUCUUCAAUUGUGACUCCAGUUACUCUGCUAAACCUUCUUCUUGCAGAUGCAACUGCCAGCUGGGAAAGGCCUACCAAGGAGACUGCUCUGACGCCUCCAGUCAGGAGGAAGAUGUAGAGUCGUAUGUUCAGGGACACAAGAAGAAGCAUGGGACCAAGAGUCCAUGUCAAGGUCUCUCUAGUGCCAAAGUCUCCCAGGGGGACGGGCGGAGAGGGGGCCACGCUGCAGAGGCCAAUGGUCCGGCAGAGAGGAGGAAGAAGAGCGGCACACUGAGAAGCAGUCAGGAGGCCGAGCAGGUGAAGCUCCAGGAGGCUGAGAAGAGAAGCCACACAGUCACUAAAACCAAGAGCAGAGUCCUGCCCACAGACAGGGACAAGGGGAAGGGAAAAGGAGCUGCCUUUGUGACCAAUGGUAGUUUGGUGCCAGCUCUGUCACCUCAGAGGAAAGAUGGAGGUUCUGGUCCAGAUACUUUUGGUGAAACAUCAUCAGAAAGCUACAGUUCUCCAUCCAGCCCUCAACACAGAGGACCAGAGAGCCUGGAUAGUGAGGAUGACAACAACAAAGAUACAGACAGCCACUCUGAUGAUUCCAGUAAAGGUCCUGGCCCUGACGUCUUCUUCACACACCAGACUAAUCCAGCUGUGGUCAGGAACGUCUCCUCUGUCCAUCCUCUGUCUUCCAACAACCACCGGGCUCAGAUGGAGCCCCUCUGCCCAGACCCAAGCGCAGAGUUCCCCCCUCUCCCCUACAUGCAUUCUCUGCCCUACGUUCUCCCCAACGGCGCCACCGACUCUCCACUUCCACUGGUCCCUCCUCCCAGCCAAAGCAUCAUCCCUGAUGGGAAGCCCUCAUCUGGGACUCUGAUGAUGCAGAUGCCCCUAGUGCCUCCUCCAGCCAUCCCAGGCCCUGGAAUUGUGGGAGACCCAGAGAAGAGGGACAUGCUCCCGACAUUUGGGAUUUCACCCAUUGGCCUCCACCCUCCAGGAAGUCUUGCUGUGCAGCCUCUGGUUCAGAGGUUCAAAACAGUUCUGUCUCACAGCCAGGGCGGCCCUGACGGAGCCUCAGGAAGUGGUUCUACUCCUGCUGUCCCACAGGCUUCACACCAGGCCCCUGUAAGAGCCAUCAGUGUCAUGACUCCUGGCCCCACAUCCUUCUCUUCUCCUCUUCAGCAGUCUCUUCCCUGCCAAGACCCGGCCAGUGUCAGCUCAGGUCUGGCCUCCUCUCUGCCGCAUGUAGAGACUUCACAUCCCAAGCACCCAGGCUUAACCUUACCGUCUGGCCUGCCUUCCCCCUACACCCUGCCCCCUGCACCCACAUCUAUCAUGCCUACUGUAGGAGCACCUGCUGCCGCUGGAAUCGCUCCAUCUACUGGACAUGUACAAGCAGCUGUUCCUCCAGCUGUGCCCACCCACACCCCUGGACCUGCCCCUAGCCCCAGCCCAGCACUUACUCACAGCACGGCACACAGUGACUGUACAUCCUACAGCAAUAGCGGCACUACCACAGGAAGUGCCCCUGUUGCCCCUGGCAACCCUAUUACUCUUCAGCAAACCCAGCAGCAACAAGUGGCUCCCCAGCAGCCAACACCUCAGCAACAGCAGCAGCAGCAGCAGCAACCAAUGGGCUGUGGGACGUGUGGCUGUCACAACAACUGUGGCGGGCGAGGCAGCAACAGUGUCAGCGGAGCCUCCAGCUGCCAAGCACCUUUAUUCUUCCCCACCCACCAGAUGGCAGCAGCAGCAGCACGGCAGGUGUUCAGCGUUCCUCCACCUCUCUUCCAGCUAACAAGCCUGUGCAGCAACAGCUACCUCACCCAGCCUCAGCCUCCUCACCAGGCUAAUGGUGCCGCCACGCUGCCCACCUUCUUCACCGCUGCCCCACCACCUGCACACCCAUCCCCCUACGGCCCUCUCCACACUCACUCUCACAGCCAUGCAGACGUGCCAUCACACAUGCUGGGCACCCAGGCGGCGGCAGUGGCGGUCGCCGCAGCCGCAAACUACAACCUGCAGCAGCAGAUGGCGCCGGCAGCAUCGUUCUGUCAGCGCGUCUACCAGCACGUGUACCCAAAUCCUCUGGGGAUGCUGCCUGCUGCGACACUGGGGGGAGGUGGAGUCAAUAAGAAGAACGGCAAUGUGUCCUGUUAUAACUGUGGUGUCAGUGGCCACUACGCUCAGGACUGCAACCAGCCCUCCAUAGACUCCACACAGCAAGGUGGCUUCCGGUUGAAGUACGCAGCCUCUCACAUUUCAGAAGCGUUUGACAAUGCCGACUGAAGAAGAACAAGAAGAAGAAGAAGAAAGGAUGAAGAGUUCCUCUGGUGUCGUCUCCACAGUGAAGGUCCUGUUCUCCCCCAGGCGAUGUGUGUGAGCGGUGCACUAAAGCUUCUGUGUACUUCAGGAAAAAAAAAAGAAAAAUUUCAAAAAGAAAGAGUGACCUGCCAAGGGCUCAGUGGACAAAGCCUAAGUACUUGUGCCUGAGAAAAUCCUGCUCUGUGGAGGUGAUACACUGUCUCACGCACACCAACGGUCCAUGUGACUCCCGGUCCCUUCCCUUUCAGUUUGUUUUUGAUAUUUUUGCACUGAGGGUUGGAAACAAUUAACUUAUUACUUAAUUAUUAGGAAGUUGACAGAUAUUUUGGGGAAAUUUUUGUUUUGUUUUUACAUGAAAGUGGAGAAUAGUCUCGACUGAAAAAGGUUCUUAUUUCACUUAUUUCUAAAACAGCGUAUUUAUGUGUUUUCCCCCUUAUUAGUUUACCUGGGGUUUUACUGCCUGACAGAAUUGUAUAGCAGUGUUCAAAGAUUUAAACAAGAAUCAAAUCAUAACAUAAGCAAGAGGGGAUUUUAUUUUUGUUUUAAUUUUCAAAUUUGCUGUAAGUUUUUUGAAUGUACACCUUCUCAUUUAAGGAAUCUGACUGUAUCAAAAUGUAUGGAUCUCAUGCAUUUUUGCCACUUGAUAUAUGUUUGGUUAGAAAGUAAGUGCUGCUUUGUAUUUUAUUUUAAAUGUUUUACUUGGUGAAAUGCACUAUAGUGAAGCAGGAACUUAAGUGCACUAAAACAGUCCUCACCACAACCAAGUUCAUGUUAAGGAUCUUGUUAUUUUCUCGAUCAAAAUCAGAACGAAAUAGCAAACUAAUCAGCAAACACUGCAUUUUGACUGUUUUAGUCUACUUUAGUAUUACAGGUGUGAAAUAGUUCUUAUGGCUAACGUUUUACAGCGAGAUCUCUGUGUUCUAAAUGAAAAAUUACAGAUAGUGUAGAAGUACAAGAAGAAGAAAAUCAGUCUUUCCUGAUCACAGUUGAGUGAACCAACAACAGUCAGCCCACUUCUCUAUCAUUCAUCUACCUGGCAGCCCCCCAACUCAUUCAGUCUGAAGCUGGGCUAAGAUUCCCACUUUCACCCACAGAAAAUACAAACAUCUAUUGGGCAGAUUCAUGCUGUCCAGAAGAGAAGGCUAUUCUGGUUUGGACACUUAUAAGCUAAAGACAGGACGUAAAGUUUUUAACCACUACUGGGAGGACUCUAAAGGCCUCAGUUUGCUUCAACACAAGAGUGUGUGUCCAGGCAAAAGCGUGUUAAACCCAUUCUGAUUGGCUCUGUUGUCACAGCCUCCUCCGGCGUCACAAUGCCACCCCGAUCUCUCUCCAAGAAUAAUGUCUUUUGCAUGUCUGCGUUGGCCCUAAAUUCGAAUUGAUUAUUGUCUCUAUCCCUUCAGUUUAUUUGAGUCUUAGUUGUAUAAGUCAAAUCACAACAGCUGUACAGCUGUGUCAGUCUCAUCCACGCUUGAUGCCAUUUUUCUGUCACUAUUUUUAUGGAUGUAGCGAGGUAGGUAGCUUGCUCUGUUGGAAGAUGUUCCCAUUCAUAAAGCAAGACUGUAACGUUUGCUGAAUUGUGGCCUCGAGUGAUUUGACAGGAUGUUAAAUGUUGGAGAAUAGUAGAGUCAUAAAAUCAGUGAACUUCACAGUUUUAACCACAGCGAGAGACUAUAGUGACACUUUAAGAACACUACAGUUUGGUAUUGUUGGGUGCAGCCUCUUGGGGUCUCUACAGAGGAUUAAGACUGUCAAGCUUAUAUUUUUAUACAAUUUUGAAUGUAGUACAAAUAUUUCAGCUGUUGCCUUCGUGAGCGUAUGAGAUGGAGCAGUAGGGCCAGCUUUAAACAAUUUAGUCAAGGGUUGUCGUUUAUAGUCUGAUAAUCAUCCUGAAUUUUCCUUUUGUUUCCACUUGACAGACAGACUGACAUUAAGAAGAGAAUUUAAAGCAAGUUUCAUUUUUAUCUCACAGUUGCAUUUAAUUUUAAAUAGUUAACAGGUAACUGAUUCCAUUUUAAGCCUAUAUAACACUGCACACUAAGGAAGGCAAAAUCUGACAUUUCUGUACUUGUUAACUGAAUUAAAAAAAAAUGUGAAAGAUCUAUAGUUUUUAUUGCUGAACCAAUAUUUGUUCAUUAACAUUUUCUGAGGGUUUUCCUAAAGCUAUUGUUUUUAAAUAAUGAAUGGGAGGCAGUGUGUGAGAAUAUGGAGGCCCGAAGUGUUCAAUAGUAUAUAAAUGAAUAAAAAAAAGUGAGUGAAAUAAUUUACAAAAACUAUUAAAACUUAAUUCCUUGUUAUGACGUGUUAUUUUUAUUCAUUUCAUUUUUACAUUAAUUUCAAAAUGUCCGUUAUUCACAUUGAACUAACCUCUCCUUUUAUUUAUUUAGCUAGACAAGCCUGCACAAGCUAAUUAGCUAGGCAGGGUUGUGAGCUUGGUUUAUUAUGAGAAACAGACCAGCCUACCUAAUUAGUCACCUGAUUAAAGUUAUUUAUUUGUAUUUAUUUAAUAUCGAACACUUUUGGCCUCUGUAAUAGAAAGUGUCCAUAAGGUAUUAAAAGUUCUCAUUACAAAAUAACGGCAAGAUGACAUUGAACAUCUCAUAGCCUGUUGAUAGUGAAGUGUGUACUGUAUGAGUCCAUCUGAAGAUCACAAAAAUGUUGGAUUUUUUAUUUUUUGUGUAACUAAUACUUUUUCUAAGCAGCCAUUUUUUCUCAGUGAUGCUCUCAAGUGUUUAAAGUUACUAUAGUUUUUUCUAAUUAAGUGUGUGUGAGACUCUGCUCUUCAGUUGUUUCAAGCCGUUGUGGACGUUCUGCUUGUUUUAGUGUUUUUGCUCAAACUGCUGUCAGUGCAUGAGGUAAAUAUUCAUCUACGCAUACACAGCUGUUUGUCCCGAAUGCUUAAAGUGACUGCCAGGAGAUUCCAGUGGUGGCGACCAUGACAUAUUUAAUGUAAAUCUGUAAAGGAUGAUCACCAUCAGACACACUGCUGUUAGAUGAGACUGUCUCCAGUUUCACUUUAAAGAUUAUUUAUGUCCCAAACUGUUUCCCAGAUAUUCUUCCUUUCGUUCAAGACUUGAAGUGGAUCAGAAGAUCCUUCUGAGUUCUGGAUCCAGAGAUCAUGAGCAGUGACCUGAUGUGGACCAGUCAGACUGUUGUGUGGAUGAAGAGUGAAGUCCAGUGUAUAUACUGAGGAUGCACCAAGCAACCCAAGUGUAGUUUUGUCGACCUUGAUGGUUUAAAAAAUAAAUGCUGUACUGUACAUUUGCAAGGGGUCACUCUGCUGCCACCCUCGGUUGUAAUGUUUACUCUACUCUUUGAUAUCUCUGUACUGGAAAGGUCAAAUAUAUUUCUAGAGCGGGAUUUUAUGCAAACUGUUGAUCUGUUUUUUUCCUGUGAUUAAAAGCAAUAAAUAUAAAAACAGAAAGUGAA